AUGACUAAACAUCAGCUAGAUACGAAUUGUUCUGCGAUUAAAAGUAUUGCCGUCAUGGGAGCUGCAAAGACGGGAAAAACUAACCUUAUUUCAAGGUUUUUGGGACAGUCUUUUGAAGAACGACACAAUCCAACUGUAGAAGACUAUCACAUUGGGAAAUUCUAUCUGGGAGAAACGUUAUGUCAUAUGGAAAUAACCGAUACCUCUGGUAGCUUUGAAUUCCCAGCCAUGGAACGGCUUACUAUGGAGAAAUCAGACGCUUUUAUUUUCGUUUAUUCGUUAGAAGACGAAAAGAGUUUUGAACAUGUUAAGAUGUCUUUGAAGAAACUUAAAGAAGUGAAGGAUAUUAGUAAGGUUCCGAUAAUUGUGGUGUGUAAUAAAGCUGAUUUAGCGAAUAUUGUUUCACUACGAAAUAUGCAAAUGCGUUUGGACAAUGAUGACGUCCCUAUACAGUGCUCGCUAUAUCGCGAAAGUCGUGGAGAAAGUAGCGUGUCGAAAGAGCAUGCUAUCUGCGCGCAAUUGGAACAGGUUCGCGCGCUGGGUUGCGAGUUCUUGCUGACGUCUGCCAAGUUUCGAUGGAAUGUGAACCGCAUUUUUCAACAGUUAUUCAGAGAACGCAAAACAAACACGGAGAAAAGCUCGCCAAAAACGACAUUCCUAUUUAAAAUCAAACGAAGAAAAGAUGCUUCCCGUGCGAAGACUAUUUAA